CGCGACCGAGGUGGACGUGUUUUCAGUGGAACUCCGAAAUAUAAUAUCGUCGUAGUAGUAAAGUAAAGUUUCGUAAAUAUUGUUGUUAAUCGUUUAGAAAAUCUUCUAAAAUACUCGUAUAUAACGCUUUAGUUAGCUUAUUACUACAGUGCCGGCUUACUGCUGAAGUUGCCGCUUCUAGUAAACGAUGGCAAUAUUUUCUAUACAACAUACAUAUUUUUUCAUUCUUCUUACGUUAUUAGUUGGUCAUGGAGAUGGACAUUGGAAGAAAUCAUCCAAAGAUGUGUUUCAACGUGACAUGAAACUGUAUAAGGAAAUGACUGAAAAAAUGAAAGAAGAACUCGAAGAAUUUUAUGGUGAAUACUCAAACGAACCAAUCAACGAUUACUUUAUAGAAGAAAUUGAUUACGUUCAGAGUAAAAUAGAAAAACAUUUAAGAUCAAAAAUGAAAAAAGAAAGAACUAAAGAAAUAAGCUUUUCUCAUGUGAAUUUUUCUGAAAAAGAUCAUCAUGUCAAAAUUCCACAAACAAAAGAAUAUGUUACCAAUAUAUCUUCCGAAAAUCACGACAUUAACUCUAUUCAUGAAUCUGGUGCGACAACCAAUGUAAUGUGGCCAAAAUUCGACGAUAUUUUAUUAGCAAUUGGCAAACAAUACGAUUGGAAAAAUGAUAGAUGGAUAAAAGUUAAAGCAAAAAUGAGAGAUAAACAAAAAAAUACAUUAAAUAAGUUAAAUAACAUGGCGGAACAUCAAAAACACAAUUUUAAAUAUAAAAUUGUAAAAUUAAACAGAGCGAAGAGUAAAAGAAAAAUCGUUAUAGCCGUAACAGCUGUUAGAUAGAAUCAAAACUAUAUAAGAAGUCAGAAUAAUUACAUGACAUCUCUUAAUAUUAUUUAAUGUUAAAGGGACCAAUGGGGCUAAUUCGUUAAAUGAUAAUUUAAUUUUGGCAAAAGUUAAAUUAUAUUGUACAUUAGUAUAAUG